GAAAUGAAAAAAAAAUCACUAGUCAUUCAUCUUGUUGAUGUUGUGAUAUUUUUAUUUAAAAACUUGAAGAUUUUCUCCCAAACCUCUUUUUCUUUCUUUCUUUCAAUCUUCAAUGCUGAAGAAGCCUGAAAACGAGACAAACAAAGAUUAUCACAUCAUAAUUCAAUUCUGACAUUCUUGAUUCACACAUACACACACACAGCUCGAUGUGUGUUUCGAGUUUCGAAUGUUAUUCUUUUUUUUCGAAUCCGGAAUUUUCAGUGUCUAUUUUUAUCCAACCGACUUUAACCGAUCAACUUAGCCCGACCAAUCCACCCAUUUGAUUUUGGCCAACACCCUCUCUUUCAUUCCUAUUUUUGGAUUAGAUUUUUUUCCCUCCGUCAACAUUAUUUAUCUUUUCCUCGUGGUGUUGGUGGUGAAAAACGUGGUAUUUCAAUUUGUUUGUUUUGUUUUGUUUUUUUUUCCGGGAAUUUCCAUUUUGCAAUAAUUAUUGAUCCUUUUUGAUUUCAAAUUUAACAACGGAAGAGCGAGAGAGAAUGACAAAGAAUUCCGAUUCCUAUGCAGUGGAUAAAGAGAAUGAAGGUGAAAAGAAAAUUCCAUAUCCAAAAUCUAUACUAUUCAUUAUUGGUAAUGAAUUUUGUGAACGUUUCUCCUUUUAUGGGAUGCGAACCAUUUUGAUUCUUUAUUUCAAAUAUGUAUUAUUGUUUGAAGAUGAUUUUGCUACACAAAUAUAUCAUAUAUUUGUAAUGGCCUGUUAUUUUACACCAGUUUUUGGUGCAAUAUUAGCCGAUUCAUAUUUGGGAAAAUAUUGGACAAUAUUAAGUAUAUCAUGUUUAUAUGCAGCUGGUAAUAUUUUUAUAGCGGGUGCAUCAAUAACUGGUACAAUAUGGUCAUCAUUUAUUGGACUUACAUUGAUUGCAAUCGGUACCGGUGGUAUAAAACCAUGUGUUUCAGCAUUUGGUGGUGAUCAAUUUCAACCCGGUCAAGAACAACAAUUGAGAAAAUUUUUCUCAUUAUUCUAUAUUGCCAUCAAUUCGGGUAGUUUAGUAUCAACAUUUUUAACACCGAUUCUACGACAAGAUGUUUCAUGUUUUGGUCGAUCGGAUUGUUAUCCAUUAGCAUUUGGUGUACCGGCCAUAUUGAUGGUAGUCGCUUUAUUAUUGUUUAUAAUGGGAAAAUUUGUGUCCGGUUAUACAAUCAAUCCACCGGAAAAAGAUAAUGUUGUAUUUCGUGUUUUUAGUUGUAUCGGACGAGCAAUUUGUCGACGAUUUUUUUCAUCAAACUCAACAAAAAAAGAACAUUGGAUCGAUUAUGCUGAUGAUAAAUAUGAUAAUAAAACACGUAAAGAUGUAAAAGCAUUGCUUCGUGUACUAUUCCUGUAUAUACCAUUACCGAUUUUCUGGGCAUUGUUUGAUCAACAAGCAUCUCGAUGGACAUUACAGGCAAUUCGAAUGAAUCAUCAACUUACUUCACAUUUUAUCAUAAAACCAGAUCAAAUUCAAGUUAUUAAUCCAUUAUUGGUCAUAUUAUUUGUACCAAUAUUUGAUUAUCUUGUUUAUCCAGUGAUGAAAAAAAUUGGUCUUUAUACUCCAUUGAAACGAAUGGUUAUUGGUAGUCUAUUAGCAUCAUUGUCAUUUUGUGUUUGUGGUUUUUUUCAACGAUCAAUCGAAGCUGAAGCUCCUGCCUCAAUGAUACCUGGUUAUAAUCAUUUAGCCAUCGUUAAUAAUAUGCCACAAAAUUUAACCAUUUUAUCCAAUAUUACAAUCAUGCCAAACGAAAUCAAAAUGAUUGACAAUAUGAACCGAUCAUUGUUGGAAUCAGAAUUUGGAAAAGAAAAUUUGACCGAUGGUAAAACAUUAGUUCUUUAUUAUGAUACCGAAAUACCAGUGACAUUUAUCUGGAACAAUACAUUGGUAAAACCGGAUACAAGCGGAGCUAGAUUGUUUACUAUAUUUGAUCUGAAAAAUUUUGAUAAAGAUAAUGAUAAAUUUUCAAUCAUAGGUCAUAAAGAUGAUCUAAUUACAAAUAUUGUUCAGCAAACUAAUGAUGGUCGAACGAUUGGUUAUUUGAAUGAAUUCGAAGUGGAAAUUAUUGGCAAAGAUAUUGUCCUAAAUAUCGGAAAGAAUAGACAAAUGACAUAUCCGAAGAUGGGAGAAGGUGCAACAUAUAUUCAAAUAAUAGAUGGUGAUCUAAAUACUGAACCAAUAUCACGAAUAACCGGCAUUGUUGAUGCAAAUAAAUUAUCAGUAUUUUUACAAUUAAUUCAAUAUAUUAUAAUGACAGCAGGCGAAAUCCUAUUCUCUAUUACUGGACUUGAAUUUUCCUAUUCACAAGCACCAAAAUCAAUGAAAUCUGUAUUGCAAGCAGCAUGGUUAUUGACAGUUGCAUUCGGAAAUCUUAUUGUGGCCAUUAUAACAUUAGUAAAAUUUGAAAGACAAUCAUAUGAAGUUUUCUUCUUUUUCGGUCUUAUGUUUAUCGAUUCAUUAAUAUUUGCUGUAAUGGCCUAUUUUUAUGUACCAUAUAAAGGUGAUGAUGAUGAUGAUGAGGAUGAUAUUGAUGAAAGAUCUAGUGACCGACAACAAUUAGACAUGAUAGAUGGUGGUUCAUCAACGACAACAUCAACACGUCCAUCAACUGAAAAUUUAUCAAUGAAACAGAUUCAUUCGACAACAACAAAAACAGAUUGAAUUAAUUUGUAAUCAAAUUUUUUUUAUAAUUUUCCUCG